CCCGUGUCUGCCUAUGUCUGUACAAACAUACGUUCGGGUAGAUGCGUGGUUGUCUUCGCAGGGGUUUUGAUUUGGGGCACCUAUCGAGCAAAAGAGGGAAGAGGUGUAUGCUUCGUGUAAGUAAAGGAGGUCGUAGGCAGCUAUGCCGAGCCGUGGCGCUGGAGGAGAUAAGCGUUCCGUCUUGCCUCCGAUUGUUUUUGAGAAAGACAAGAGAUUUCUGGAGAACGUACGAAGAUACAUACUGACCGAAAUCGAGAAAGUGGGUUGUACUGAGCAAGGGCCACCUGAGGAGUAUUACAUUAUAUACAGAAACGCAUUUGACAAGAUAAUAGAGUAUGUUACUGCAUACAAGAACAUCCUUGUUGCAAUCAAACAGGAAUAUGAGACAUUUAUUGUCACAAUCAAGAAUGGGCAAAGGAAUGCAUUUUUUCUUCAUGGGAGGUUAAAAGUUUUGGCAUCUGAACCCACAACUCUGUUAUACUACAGGAAAAGAGCAAUGGAGUUUGAAGACAAGAUAAAGACUAUUGAGAAGAAUUCUGCAAAAAUUCAAAAUAUGAUACUGAGAAUUCAAAACAUAAGAAGGGUACCCUCUAAAAAUUUUGAAACUCCGGGGAAAACAGUAAAUUCUGCUAAGCCCAUCCCAGGUCUCAGUAUAGAAGAAUCACUCAAACCGGAUUCUCUUUCUAAACACCUUGCUCAGCUAGACAGAAAGAUAAUAGAAUUGAAAAAAGAAAGUGAAAUGAAAUACGUCCCUGGGAAGAAAAAGAUCAAGUUAGAACAAGAACUCCUGCACUUAUUGGCCUUACGAGAUACAGCUGAAGCAAAAAGAGAAAAGCUGAAGACCAGGUACAAGCACAUAUCUGUAAUAUAUAUAUUCAUGAUACUGUUAGGUGAAUAUUUCUUGAUUGAUGUAAUGGUACUGAUCACAUACCUGUUUUCCUCUUUAAUUAUCCAUAGUUGCAAAUGUUAUUUCUGCCUGUGCAAAAUCAGCCAAGACUAUCACCCUGCAAGAUCUCCUCUCUCAGAUUAUGUUUCCUCUUUAAUUAUCCAUAGGUAUACUAAAAUUUUGUUAGUUGCAAAUGUUAUUUCUGCCUGUGCAAAAUCAGCCAAGACUAUCACCCUGCAAGAUCUCCUCUCUCAGAUUAUGGAAAAUAAAAAUGAUGAAAGAGCUCUUGAUGCCUGUAGUAAAAUGGCUGAAGAUUUGCUUGAAUACUUUGAAAGGUUCAGUGAAUUACUUUCAAGUGGUCAGUAUCAUGCUGCAGCAACUUCUGCAGCAAACACUUACAGAGGAAUUCUCCUUAAUGAAGAAACUCUGGAGAAACUUGAAUUUAUUGGUUGUCUUCAAGGAAGAAAUAUCCUUCUAAUGAAGUAUUUUGAGACUCUCAUAAACUCAAGUACUACGACUGGAUUGCCUCAAAAUUCAGCCAUAACUCUGGAUGCAGUCAAAUGUGCAUUGUCUGAAAAACAUUUGAAUAUUGUAAUGCACUGGGUUACACAGGAAAGGCUGAUGUUUUCUGAGGCAUUAGGAGAUGUGAUUUAUGACUAUGGGAAAGUGGAACCAAGCGACUUGUCAAAAUGCCUGGCUUUGGCUCAGAUUGUAUAUGAUCGGUCUGGUGUACACAAAAAAGUUGCUCUGUGCCUAUAUGAGCAGGGCCAAAUUUAUACAGCAGUGAAUUAUAUUCGGAAACUCAAGCAUUUUUCUUUAGAUGAUUACCUAUUUCUACUGGAAAACUGUCCUGCUACUGAAUUAAUCUCUUGUCUCAGCCAAGAGUGGUUUAGAAACCCACCACUUUCAUCCAUGGGGUCUACGGUACUAUCUCUUAUUUCAACUGAUCACAAAAAGCAUGGCUUUCAGCUGUUGGAGGAGAUGAGCAAGAAAAAUACAUUGGAACAGAUGAUUCUAAAUGAUACGGUCUGUACGGUACAAGGCUGGAAGAAGAUAGCAGAUACAUGUGCAGAAAAUAAACAUGAAAAAUUAUCUCAGGAAAUCCUCUCAGUUAUCACCUCACAGGAUGGAGUGUUUGAAAGUUCACCACAUGAAGAUGAAAAAGAUGCAAUGUUAAUGGAGCAUGUUUUCUGAUAGCUCUGUAACAACAGAGGGAGCUCUUAAAGCAGUCAAGUGAAGAAUCCUUUUAGCUCUUUCUAUGAACCGUAGUAGACAGUAAUGUCUGAGGGAAAAAUACUGAGAAUAAUUUUACGAUCAAA